CUCUGUGCUCUAUCGUUUCUGGGUUAAGUUCUAAGAAUCGUGCCUUCUCCCUUGAGCAUGUAAUAUUGCUUAAUACCAUAGAUAGGCAAAGAAUGAAAUUGACGAAAAGCGCGAAAAUUGGAAUUAGUUGGGCAUUCAUUACUGCGGGCGGUCUUUACGCAUUCUACCUAUCGAAGAGGAGCAUUGAUAAGCAGCGGUACGAGCAUAUGAAAGUGAGAGAGCGCAUUCGUCAAUCGAAUACAGGCGAAUACGAACCAAGUAGCAGGAAAUUCACAAACUAAGUAAUCAAUAAAUAAGAGAAAUGGCUCAAUUGGACGCCCAGAAGUUGCAACUCAUCCAGGAGUUGGAAAUUGAAAUGAUGGCUGAUCUGUACAACAG